AUGGGCAUUCCCAUAUGUGGUGCUUGUCAUCGGCCCGUGGAGGAGAGGGUAGUGACAGCUCUAGGCAAAAAUUGGCAUGUGGAGCAUUUUGUUUGUUAUGUAUGUGAAAAGCCGUUCCUUGGUCAUCGGCAUUAUGAGCGCAAAGGACUUGCUUAUUGUGAACAACAUUAUCAUAAGCUAUAUGGCAAUGUAUGCUACAAGUGCGGCGAAGCUUGCGGUGGCGAAGUUUUCCAGGCUCUUCAAAAGAGUUGGUGCAUCAAAUGCUUUGCCUGCUCGCUUUGUGACAAAAAAAUGGAUCAUAGGACCAAAUUCUACGAAUUUGACAUGAAGCCGACGUGCAAGAGGUGCUACGACCGUUUCCCGACCGAACUCAAGAAGAGGAUAUCGGACAGCUUGAAAGACCGAGACAUAGAAAAUCAGCGCCGACGAUCGCUAAGUCCCAACGCGGGGCGGCAAACAUGA